CAAAAUGUCAUUUAGCGUCGGCGCCAUGCCAUGAUGGAUGGGCCGCCGGUGGUGGUGGUGGGCCUUGGCGGGGUCGGCAGUCACUGCGCCCACGCGUUGGUGCGCAGCGGGGUCCGACGCCUGCGGCUGGUGGACUUCGAUCGGGUGUCGCUGAGCUCGCUGAACCGCCACGCGGCGGCGCUGCGCCGGGAUGUGGGGCUGCCCAAGGUGAGCGUGUGUGCGGCCUACUUCGCCUCGAUUUCCGCGGGCUCAGAAUCCGACUUCGACCCCCGGGAUUCGAUGUUCACCGCAGAGGCGGCGGAGGAGCUGUUGCUUGGUGAAGAAAGGCCGCGGCUGGUAGUGGACUGCAUCGACGAUGUGAAGACCAAGUUGGAGUUGCUGGCCUUCUGUGCGGCAGAGAAGUUACCGGUGGUGAGCGCCCUGGGCAGCGGAGCGAAGGACGACCCCACCAAGAUCUGCGUGGCGCAGGGUUUGCGUGACAUCGACAACGACCCCCUGGCCACCAAGCUGCGCAAGGGCGCGGCGGCUCAGGGCCUGGACUUGGAUGGAAUCUUCUUUGUGUACAGCUCGCAGAAGGUCCAGCGUGCGCUGCUUCCGCUCAGCGACGAGCAGCGCGCCAACCCAGAGGAGUUCGGCAGCGUCGCCAACUUCCGGCUGCGGGUCAUCCCAGUGCUGGGAACCCAGCCGGCGGCUGCUGGCAUGGCCAUCGCCGCGCAGGUGCUGAACCUGCUGAACGGAUUGGAGGAUUUUGAGGCGCAGCCCACGCCGGCACCGCGCCGCAACUUGAUCGACAAGCUCUUGGACAGCUUCAAGCGCGAGGAGCUCAAGCGCGGGGGCCGCGCGUGCCUCACAGACGUGACCCCGGCGGAGGCCAGCUUCAUGGUGCACGAAGUUUGGCUCGGGCGCAGCGCCCUGGACCCCUCGCUGGACGCUUUUGCCGCCACGGGCAUUCGCUUCACGCUGACCCGCUGGGACCAAAAUUCCCCGCCGCGGGCGGGGAAUCUGAUUUUGGCCACGGCGCAGGAGGCGGAGAAGCACCGGACGCCCGAGGAUGCGCCGCCGGAGGUCCGCGCACGCGUGGAGGCGGCGCUACGCAGGGCCGAGCGGGCGCUGGCGCGGCCGCUGCUUCUGGCGACCGCGGAUCGUGCCGAAACGGCGGCGUCGGCCGCUGCGGCCGGGCGGUGCCAAUCCGCGGCGCGGACAGAGGGGCGGUUGUGGCCGCAGAGGUGUGAGACGGUCUGGGACGCAGAGGAGGCAGCAUUGGUGCAGGAGCAACUCUCAAGGAGUGCCGCCUUUCUUGGCAAGGGGCAGGAGAAGCUGCAGGGCGCCUUCGUGGUCAUCGUGGGCCUGGGUGCUGUGGGCAGUUCCGCUGCCAUCCUUUUGGCGCGCGCGGGGGUGGGCCAUUUGCGGCUGGUUGACGGCUCGCCGGUGCGAAGGAUGGACGGCCAUGCGCUGGCCAAGGCGACGGAUGUGGGACGGCACAAGGUGGAGGUCUGCAAGGAGGUGAUGCUUGCAGUCCUCCCACACCUGGACAUCGAGGCGGUGCCUUCGCAUCUCACCGAGGGUCGGGAGGACGAGUGCCUGGCGCCGAGAGACGGAGACUGCGAGACGAUGAUCCUGGACUGCGUGGGCGGCUUUCGCAGUAAGGAACUCAUCAUGAGGUACGCGCUGGCACGGCAUGUGCGGGUGGUGUCCGUUUGCACGACCGCGGCGCCGUGCCCGGCGGACCCCUCGCGUGUGGCGGUGGCUCCGCUGGGAGAGGUCUGGGCGUGGCCGGCGUGCGCUGAGCUUCGGGGCAGGCUGGCACAGGAGGAUCCAGAGGCCUUCAAGGACAUCGAAGUGGUCCACUCGCAGGAGCCCGCCCUGUGGGCCAAGCCGAGCUGCACCUCGGCCCUUUCGCACCGCUUGCAGCUGGGCGCUACUGCUGCGGCGGCCGUGAUGCUGCGGCUCACGGGGACUCAAGUGGCCCACCAGGCGGACCCAUGCGGCAUGAACUUCUGGAAGAAGCUCCGCAACAGCCUGGAGCGCUCCGAAUCGGGAGAUACGCUGCCGGAUCUCCACGCCGUGGGCUGCGUGGCGGACUAUCUCUGGCGUGCGAGGAGCGCCUUGAGCGGGCAGAUGGGUGCCAAGCAUUCGGACAUGGCCAUGGUGCGCUGGGACCGGUCCAAGCCGGUGGACCUGGCGAACUUGGUGCUGUUGACUGCCGAGGAGGCCCAACUGCACUUGGCAGACACGAAGCGCACCGGGUCGCUGCCGCCGGAAGUUUUGGAUGGCAGGGACGUGGAGGAUUGCCCUUGGCGUCGCACGCAUGGGAUCCUCCAGAAGCUCCGCGCGCAUCUGGAGGCCAGCGAUCGCGGCCGUGUGGAGGCUGAGCCAUUCCUGGAGUCGCGGGCCACGCAGGCGGCGGUGGCGAUGGAAGGCAAGGGGGAGAUGGACAAGGCUCCCCAGCAGGCGCGCUCUGGCUUCCUGGGCCUAGUGGGGGAGACGCCGCUGGUGGAGCUGCGGUGCUUGUCGCAGUCCACCGGGCGCAAGAUCCUGGGGAAGGCUGAGUUUCUGAGCCCAGGGGGCUGCCAAAAGGAUCGCGUGGCGCGGCAGAUCCUGGAGGAGGCGGUGGCCGGUGGCGCUUUAAACCCCGGCGCCACGGUGGUGGAGGGCACUUCGGGCAGCACGGGGAUCUCGCUGAGCCUGGCCGCGGCGGCGCUGGGCUUCAAGGUGCACGUGGUGAUGCCGGACGACCAAGCCAAGGAGAAGGCCGAGCAGCUGCGGCGUUUCGGUGCCACCGUGCAGAUGGUGCGCCCAGUGAGCAUCUCCAGCCCCGAGCAUUAUGUGAAUGUGGCGAGGCGGCACGCGCAGGCGCUGAAUGCAGAAAAGGGUCCUGGCGCAGCGCUCUUCGCGGAUCAGUUCGAGAAUCCCGCAAACUUCCGGGCUCACUACGAGGGCACUGGUCCGGAGCUGUGGCGCCAAUGCGAAGCCCACGGAGAGAAUCCGCGCCUGGACGCCUUCGUGAUGAGCGCGGGCACUGGGGGCACUUUGGCGGGGGUGGGCCGCUAUUUGAAGGAGCGGUCGCCCAACACGAAGGUGGUCUUGGCAGAUGUGCCGGGCUCCGCGUUGUACUUCAAGGUGGCCAAAGGUGUCCUGUAUGCGCCGGAGCAGGAGGAGCGCUCCAUCCGGCGGCACCGCCAGGACACCAUCGCGGAGGGCAUCGGCAACGACCGGCUCACUGCAAACCUGGCGCUGGGCCUGGAGGAGCACUCGGGCUUCUGCGCUGUGGACGGUGCCGUGCAGGUCUCGGACCAGGAGGCACUGCAAAUGUCGCAGCACCUGCUGGCCCACGAGGGCCUCUUCCUGGGCAGCUCCGCGGCGGUGAACUGCGUGGCCGCAGUGAAGGUGGCUCGAGAACUGCCCCGGGGCAGCAUAGUGGCGACGGUGCUGUGCGACAGCGGAAACCGCCACCUCACCAAGUUCCACAACCCCGCGGCAUGGGCCGAGUAUGGCCUGAGCCCGCCACGGCCCCACGAAGCGCUGGACCUGUCCUUCGUACAAAAGUCCUAG